AUGACGCCUGGUCCAUUGGGUCCACAAGAAGCAUGCCUUAUUCGAUGCUUCGCACAAGAGUUGGCAACAACAUUUGAUACGACAGAUAGAACCGGCCAUUUCGCUACGCAUCUUCCUAUGCGAGCUUUGAGAAACUCCCUAGUCCUCAAUGCUAUAUGCGGGAUUUCCGCUCAAUAUCUGCUACGAAUGUCCACGGAGUCAUCAUCACCAGGGAUGGUUAAGUUCCAAGGAACAAAGCUGCCACAUCUUACCGAGGAGUCAGUGAUGCAAUACCAGAGCACAUGCAUUAAUCUUCUUAUCGAUGCUUCUGCUAAUCCAGAGGAACAUGCAGAUGGCGAUAUACUGUCAGCUAUCACUAUCCUUCGAUUCCAUGAACAAAAUGAUGUUUUGAUGACCGGAUCAGAUUUCGAGGUCUUUCAAAGAGCGGUGCAACACAACUUCGAAACGCAGUUCGCACAAGGGCGUGGGUUGGGACAAGCUCUACCCAGCCUCUUCACCCCACUUCCCAUCUUUCAACCAAACCAUCUAUCUGCGAAUAUCGCGGCAUACCUAGUAGCUCUGCGGAUGGAAAUAUGGGCAGUGCUGCUGUAUCAGCGUCCCAUAAGAUUACCCCUCCCAUCGUUCAAGGACUGCCGACAUGUCCACGAUGGCGAGAUUGAUGACGACUACUUGUGGACCAGGAGAGUCCUCGUAUGGUGCGCGCACGUGCUAAAGCUGCAUUUUGGUAGCGAUGGGUUCGAUGUGAGCGACGAUGGUUACGCGAGCGCAUCGGAGCUGUGGGGCGCGCUGAAGGCCUUCGAAUUCGAUUGGGAUACGCGACCACCUUCCUGCUUCCAACCACUCUAUUCCCGGCAGAACGCGCCGCAACAAGGACGCUAUUUCCCCGAGUUGUGGUUGGCCAACCCAUGUCAAGUCAUGGCUCUCCAGCACAUCGAGUUCGGGCGGAUGAUGCUAGCUAACCACGAGGCACAGCUCCAGAAUCGGAGGCUAGGAGGCGGUGAGCUUGCAUCCCAAGCUUCCGAGGCACUCUUCUUGCAUUCCAUGAGAACCAUCUGCGGGCUCGCGGCAUGCCACUCGGAUCGACAUGAGGCACUCACGGCCGCUGCUGUUGCGAUUUCCAUGUGCGGUAAAUACGUGCGCGACGCCGGGGAGCGAUCAGCUUUGAUGUCAAUCCUCCACAAGCUCAGAACUGACUUCGCUUGGAAUAUCAGUCAUGCUGUGAACGCACUCAAUGGUGGGGCUGGGGAUGCGACUCAAGGUGACUUACGUACGUAG